AUGAAGCUCAUUGACUUCUUUCGUGGGCUAUUUGAUGCUGUUUCUGUUGCCAAGGACUGCCCCAAGAAGGGAACUCCUACCUGCUACAACUGCGGUGGUGAGGGUCACGUCAACCGUGAUUGCCCCCAGCCCCCCAAGGCACGUGCCUGUUACCGAUGCGGACAACCGGGUCACUUGUCUCGCGAGUGCCCCCAGUCUGACGGCGGUAGCUACGGUGGCGGUGCCGGUGGUGGUUCUCAGGAAUGCUACAAGUGUGGUCAGGUUGGCCACAUUGCUCGCAACUGCUCUCAGGGUGGUGGUAACUACAACAGCGGUGGUUACGGUGGUAACAGCUACGGCGGUUCCCGUGGUGGCCAAGGCCAGUCCACUUGCUACUCUUGCGGUGGAUACGGCCACAUGGCUCGUGACUGCACUCAGGGUCAAAAGUGCUACAACUGUGGUGAGGUUGGCCACGUCUCCCGCGACUGCACAUCCGAGACCCGCAAUGAGCGUGUUUGCUACAAAUGCAAGCAACCCGGACACAUCCAGACCGCUUGCCCCAACUAA